UGACGUGGUUGGAAAAACCAAAGCAAACCGAAAGUACAAAAAACUCGGACAUGUUCAAUGUUACAGAUGAGAGUUGUCCAUACCACAACUGGACAUCUGUGGCGAGGGACCGAUGUCCUAAUCCAGUCGAAUUUCAUUGUUUGACAGACGAGUAUGGGAGAAUUGGAUGGGUCUGUAGCAAACCAGUAUGGGUGGAGAAGGACAGAUGUCCUGUUUUUGACGUUGGUGCGAAAAAACUGGAUACCACGUCUUGUUUGCAAACCAGAUGCCCGCCAUACAGCUACCGAUCCAACGACAUUGAUGUUGAAUAUGCCUGUAGAUAUAGUAUUGAUAAAGAAAGUCCUACGACACCUUUCACAACAAAAGCCACAGACACUGACAAACACAACAUUGGACUAAUCGUCGCUUUGACCAUGGUGACACUUGUAACAAUUACAGUCGUUGUGGCUGUUAUAAUACUUUAUAAAUGUCGUCGACAACCUAAUAGAAAUGUUGGUACACGAAAUGAAGAAUCCAUAGAUCUGAUCCAAGGACCUCCUAUAGAAACAACAAACCGAGCCCAAAGACAAAAAAAUGUGUUUGAUAAAGCGAAAGACUUUCUUACUAAGGAAUGCAUGGUAGUGAUUACAGGAGUUCAGGGAUCUGGUAAAACAUUUUUAGCGAAAUCUUUAGUCAAUGAUCUACACAUGGAUGGCAACAUAAAGGAAAGGUCUGUAAUUUGUAGUCUCAGUCAAUUGUAUUUUGGAGCGAGUGACAAAAUAGAUAUCUAUAUAAUCGAUGACAUAUUUUAUGAGUUACAAUUGUAUGAGAAAUUCAAAGAAACUCUUGAUGCUCUCAAUGAGUUUUUAGAUAGGGUUAAAAAAAAUCCUGUUAUCAUCACCAUUCCUUCAUAUACUUGGAUGUGUAAUCAAGACGAAUUUGACCAUAAGUUUUAUAAAGUGCAUGUAGAUUUAGAUAAAAGAGAAGAGAGUGAGAAAUUCACUAUGUUAAACACUUUAAAAACGCGAUAUGAUGUAUCCUGCGAACAAAUGGAGAAACUGAUUGAAUUGCAAAAUGAAAUACUGGUAACAUCACAUGCGUGCAUUGGUUUUCCGGCAUUUGUUUCAUGGAUGUACAAACAGCCAAGCAUUGAAAAAAUGAAGAAAUGUCUUAGUCAUCCACUGAAAUUGAUAAGUGAAGAAAUCUCUUCGAUAAAAAAAGCAGAAACAGUAGAAGAAAGAGGGAAGUUUUUGGUAUUAUCGUAUAUUUGUCUCAGAGAUGGAAGAAUAAAUGUUAAAAAUGUUGACAAGGAACUAUUAGAUUCUUUAAAGGAAUGUUAUGCUCCUGAAUUCGAAGAUGAGGAUUUAUCGAAAUACUGUGAAAGCAUGGUGGGUUAUUACCUGUUGACUGAUGAACACGGUUGGUUUGAAUUUGAUUUGAAUAUCAUGAAAAAGAUUGUGUUUGUUAGUUUAGUAAAUGAUUGUGCAGCGUUUGUUAAAAAACAUUGCAAAAAUGAUUACUUUAAGUAUGUUAUAAAUAAAAAAGAUCUUUGUCCUAGAAACAUUGAGGAAUGGUACACAGAAUGUUUUACGAAAGUUUAGGAAGUGUAUCUCAAUAAUAAAGUGAAAAC